AUGGGCUGCACCCACGCCCCUCCGCCACCACCGGGGCCUACAACAGGCGCCCAUCCGAAUUUGUUGCGAAGACCCUCCUCAAAGAUUGAGGCUCGCGAAUGUGCAGCAGAGACAGCAUUGGAAACCUAUGCUGUGGUGAGGGUUCUUCGCGCAGAGCUGGCUAGAAGCUUUGAUGCUUAUGGCAAGAUGGACCCCUUUACCGUCGUAUCUUUCAUCGAGAGCGAUGGAGCCAGGAAAGAGAUUUCCCGGACACGCACAGACUGGAAUGCUGACAUGCAUCCACACUGGGAUCAUACUUGCCGAGGGCAGCCUUUCAAAAUGGGCUCAGCAGCCUCUGUGGAGUUCCAGGUCAUGGAAGGCAACGUGAUCGGACGCCCGACGUUCUGCGGCGCUGCGCAGGUGUCGGUAGAAGCGUUGCUGGGCGACCCUACGGCUUCAGAAUCGCUUUGUGCUUCCAAAUCUGGUGGAUCGCUGACUGGUCCUGUGAUGGACCUGGAGCUACGGCUACCUUCGCAAGAGGUGACAGGACGGGUUUUCGUCCAGGCCUUGCUAGUGAGCAGGCAACCCGGCGAUGCCCAGGCUGGGCUCCACUUAACCCGCGUGGAUCCCAACCGCUUCGAUUCCAAAGUUGAGAGACUUGGAGUCUCCGGCGGCAGCGCGGCGUUCUUCAGGUUGUGCCUGAAAGAGUCCACUGCUGCACGGCCCGUGGACUACUUUAUUGGCAAGGACCUGAGCCAUGCAGAGGAUGAGGUGAAUUUCUAUGAGGAGGCUCUGAGUCUUCGACACGGAAGCGGCUUGGAGCCACUUCUUGGCUACACUCUGGAAUAUGCUGGAGUUCUCAGCUGCACGGAGGAGCUCACGCCAUCGGAGGAGAAGCGAAAUGAACUCCUAGUCAUGCGGAAUCUGCGGUGUGGAUGCUCCAAGCUGCGGCUUCUGGAUAUCAAGAUUGGCCAGAAAACAGCGCAGGCUGGCUGGCAAGGAAAGUCACGGGCUGCUGCGUUGCGUCAAAGUCUCGUGGAUGGCAUUACCAACUCCAGUUGCGAGGGCUUUCGACUAGAGGGCUUCGAUGGGCGACCGCCUGCGUUGGAAUCCAUGGACCCCUUGCUUGACAUUGGGAUGACUGGCAACGCCAAGAUGGCCAAGAAGGCCCUUCGUGUGAUGCUCCAGCGAAUGACAGCAGCUGAAAUGCUGGUGCAUUUUUGGGAUGUGCACCAGGAGCCAGUUGACAUCGACGAUGCCAGUUUGGACCACCAGCUGUGCACGACCGAGGUAGCCGAGCUGGUCGCCCACGAGGUAGUUCGUCAGCUUGCCGGACUGUCUGUCGCGUGCAGGCGAUCACCAGUGCCACAGAAGUGGAUCGGUAGCUCUGUUGGCCUCGGCUUCGACUGCGGCCGCUUGCCUUGUCGGUCAACAGGGGAAGAGGAAGUCCGAAGAUCAACACAAGUCCACACCUUUGACUGGGGACGUUCUGAACUCAACACUAUGGACAAGCACAUGCUUCUGAGUGAGAAGGACCAGCAUGACAGAGGUGAGUUCUGGAGAUACUACAUGGGAGGCGUUGAUCGACUCGCGUGGGAAGCGGCAAGAGCUUACAAGCACAGGUUUAGCUGCACCACGAGGUGGUCGAUCAUCACUUUCAAGCUCUGCGACUUUGACUCAAUGUCUGAGAACGAUUUCAUUGGCAGACUGACGGUGCCAGUCGAGGAAACUCCAGAGACGACAGCAGAUCUGAGCACAAAGGACGGCAACCAUGUGGUUGGAGAUUAUGGCUUCCGUGGCUCAGCGACUCUGACGUAUGCGAUAACCUGGAGGCCAUAUCCUCGCACAUCCAGGCUGAUCGGUUCGUGGAGAGUGCAUCUCAAACGAGCACAGCAUCUCCCAAGACAGGACAAGAUGCAGCUGAGGACGACUUCGGACCCAAUGUGCGAAAUCACCGCCUGUGCCGAGACCGCCACAGGGCUGCUGUGCCAUCGCCAAGUCAGCAGUGUUAAGGUUCGGAACUUGGAUCCAGAAUGGGAGGAGUUUUUCGACUUGCCGAUCGCAGCUGAGCCUGACAACCUGGAAGCAGCGUUGGAGGCUGCAGCUGCCGGUCUGGCUUCGGGAUCAGUUGUCGACAUCUUCCCGCCAGAAAAGAUGCCACUCUGGCAGAAGGAGGGGCUCGUCCCCCGACUCUCUGGAUCCAAGACUCCAUCAAGGUGGUCGUCUUGGACAGAAGCGAAUUCAGACACCGAAGCCUUGGAGAAAGGGAUUGACAGCUGGAGGUCACGCUUGGACGUCGCCAGCGCAACUGUAGACGUCACACCCAGCCAGCGGUCGGCAGAGCCAAUCGAGGAGGAUACAAUGCGGGCAGUGCAGCGUCAGGUUACGCUGGAAACUGCACAGACUAUGCAGACCACCCAGCUGGAAGAAGAGGACAAGAAAUGGGUGGUCAGGAUCAUCUCGGAGGAGGAGCGUGAGCGACAACAGUCUGGCCGGGUCAUCGUGCCUCAGGCUUCAGAUGAUGAUGUAGGCAUGGGAACUCGGCUCGAGGUGGUACGGCGAAAUGAUGCCUGCAGCUACAUCACUGAAUUGAAACCCGAUGCAUUGCACAGAGACGUGUUUGAAGCCCAAGACACUCAGCCAAUGUGUUGGAGCUUCUCGAGUUGUGCCACGUGCUUGACGUGA